AUGGCCAUGGAGAAGAACCAAGACACCCAGCUGAUCAUGGGCCGGUACAGGCUCGGUCGCCUCCUCGGCUGCGGCAACUUUGCCAAGGUGUACAAGGCCCAUAACGUGGCCACCGGCGAGGCCGUGGCCAUCAAGGUGUUCGACAAGGACGCCGUGCACCAGUCCGGCAUGUCGGGGAAGGUGAAGACCGAGGUGCACGUGAUGCGGCGCGUGCACCACCCCAACGUCGUCCGCCUCCACGAGGUGAUGGCCACGCGGUCCAGGAUCUACUUCGUCAUGGAGUACGCCGGCGGCGGCGAGCUCUUCGAGCGCCUCGCCCAGAGCACGCGGCUCCCGGAGCCCGUGGCGCGCCGGUACUUCCAGCAGCUGAUCACGGCCGUCGAGUUCUGCCACAGCCGCGGCGUGUACCACCGCGACCUCAAGCCCGAGAACCUGCUCCUGGACGCGCGCGGCGACCUCAAGGUCUCCGACUUUGGGCUCAGCGCGCUCCAGGACGCCGGCGCCCGCCUGCGCGGCGACGGCCUGCUGCACACCGCGUGCGGCACGCCGGCGUACGUCGCCCCCGAGGUGCUCCUGAAGUGCGGCUACGACGGCGCGAAGGCGGACAUCUGGUCGUGCGGCGUGAUCCUCUUCGUGCUCCUGGCCGGCUACCUCCCGUUCAACGACACCAGCCUGCCGUUGCUGUACCGGAAGAUCACGCAGAGCAACUACAAGUGCCCGCCCUGGUUCUCCAUCGACGCGCGCAAGCUCCUCGCCAGGAUGCUCGACCCCAAGCCCAGGACCAGGAUGACCAUCUCCAAGCUCACGGCCCAUCCCUGGUUCCAGAAAGGGCCCUGCCCUCUCACCGACCGGCCUCUCAUCGCGCGAGAGACCCCCGUGCUCCUCGGCAAGGAAGCCUGCAGGUGCCACCACCACCGCGACGACGACGAGGAGGAGGACGCCCGGCAGCGGAAGCGGUCCAAGGUGACCGCGUCGUCGCCGGCCGUCGCCGUGAUGAGGCCGUCGAGCAUGAACGCCUUCGACAUCAUCUCGCGGUCGAGCGGGCUGGACCUGUCCAAGAUGUUCGACGAGGAGCACCGGCCGGAGGAGGCGCGGUUCGCGUCCAGGGAGAGCACGGCGGCGAUCGUGUCGAGGCUGGAGGAGAUCGCCGAGGCGCGGAACCUCAGCGUCAGGGUGGGGGAGAAGGGCAGGGUCGAGAUGGAGGGCGGCCGGAGGGGCGCGCUCGCCAUCGAGGCGGAGAUCUUCGAGGUGGCGCCGUCGGUGCACGUGGUGGAGAUGAGGAAGACCGGCGGCGACCCGCUCGAGUUCCGGGACUUCUACCGGCAGGACCUGAAGCCGUCGAUAGGCGACAUCGUGUGGUCGUGGCAGGGCGGUGACUCGCCGCCGCCGGCUUCCGUAGCGCGGAGACGGGCCACCAUGUAG